CAUUUGGUGGAGGAGAAUAAUUUAAACAAGUUUGAGUGUAAUUUUUGUGGUAAAGUAUCAAAUGGAGGUGUUUAUCGGGUAAAACAACACCUUGCGGGAGGUUAUAGGAAUGUUACUGCUUGCCCGAAGUGUCCUUCUCAUGUAAGAGAAGAGAUUAGAGAGUUCAUGUCCAAAAAAAAGACACAAAAAGAAGAAAUGAACAUGUUGCCUGAUUUUGAUGACAUGGACAUGUAAGAUGAAGAUGAAGAUGAUGAUGUUGUUGAGAUCAAUGUCAAUCAACACCGCAAGUUGACAAGUAGUAGCCAAGGUUCAUCCAAAUCCAAAUCCAAAUCAAAAAUGCCAAAGAGAAAAGGGCCUAUGGAUGUUUACUUCACACCCAAUCCUGAAUCAGUGGUGAAAUAUCGAAGAGACCAAGCAAAAGGGAAACAAACAAAAAUUGAUGCAAAUGACCCUUACAAAAAAGAAAUGAGAGCUCGGGCACUGCAAAGAUUUGCAAGGUGGAUGUAUGAUGUUGGUAUCCCUUUCAAUGCAGUAAAUUAUGAGAGUUUUGGAACAAUGAUUGAAGCCAUUGGCCAAUAUGGUCCUGGUAUGAAGCCACCGACUUACCAUGAAGUGCGGGUUACCCAACUCAAAAAAGAAGUGAAACAUACUGAAGAUUUGAUGAAGUAUCAUAAAGAGGAUUGUGAAAAAUACGGGUGUUCCAUAAUGGCUGAUGGUUGGACUGAUAAGAGAGGAAGGAUAUUGAUUAACUUUUUAGUUAAUUGUCCAAGAGGAACCAUGUUUGUUGAGUCGGUUGAUGCUUCUAGCUAUUCAAAGGAUGGGCAAAAGCUAUUUGAAUUACUAGACAAGUUUGUGGAGAAAGUUGGAAAAGAGAAUGUGGUGCAAUUUAUCACUGAUAGCACUGCAGCUAAUGUGUUGGCGGGGAGGUUUUUGGAAGCUAAGUAUGAACACUUGUAUUGGACACCAUGUGCUGCUCAUUGUUUGGACUUGAUGUUAGAAGACAUUUUCAAGAUACCUAGACUGAAAAAGACAUUUGAAAGGGGUAUUGCAGUACAUGGCUACAUUUACAAUCGGCCUACAUUGCUAAACAUGAUGAGGCGCUAUACAAAUUUAAAGAAUUUGAUCAAGCCUGCAAAAACUAGAUUUGCAACCGCCUUUUUGACUUUGUCUAGGAUGCAUCAACAAAAAAACAAUUUGAGAAAGAUGGUCACCUUCGAAGACUGGACCUCAAGCAAAUGAGCAAAGGAGCCACAAGGUAAAAGAAUGGCACAAACUUUGUUGAUGCCUUCAUUUUGGAAUACUGUUGUGUUUGCCCUUAAGGUCUCGGGUCCUCUUGUCAAAGUGCUUAGAUUGGUUGAUACCGAGAAGAAACCUCCCAUGGGAUACAUUUAUGAGGCAAUGGAUAGGGCAAAAGAAUGCAUUGCAAGUUCAUUUGAUCAUAAAGAAGAGAAGUAUAAUGAAAUCUUCGAAAUCAUUGACAAAAGAUGGGAUGUUCAAUUGCAUCGACCUUUACAUGCAGCUGUGCAUUUUCUUAACCCAGAAUUCUUUUACCCAAAAGCGUUAGAGGUGCAAAGAGAUCAUGAAGUGAUGAAUGGGUUUUAUGAAUGCAUGCAAAGGUUGGUCUCGGAUGUCACUGUUCAAGAUUUGAUCACUAAUGAGAUGAGUAUUUAUAUGAAGGCUGAGAGUCUUUUUGGCAAGGCUGUUGCGAUUAGGUAAAGAAAUACAAGAGCACCAGCUGAUUGGUGGGCAUCAUAUGGUUCUUAUACUCCAAACUUGCAAACUUUUGCCAUAAAAGUCCUUAGCCUAACAUGUAGUUCAUCGGGUUGUGAACGAAAUUGGAGUGUAUUCGAACAUCUUCAUAGCAA